CCAUUAAAAUCAAAACAAGAAAGAAUUUAAUUUAAAGAAAAAAAAGCGCGUGUACAGAAAAAGAAGAAAAGCGUUGAGCCUAUUUUGGCGGCUCCUCUCUUUCUCCGUCAGGGAGGUUCGGUGACACCACAGCAUUCACCGUGUCACCAUUUUCCAGUACGCUCACUAUGCCGCCAUUAACCAAUUCUUCCACCUGCUUCACCGCCGCCACCGCGGUUAACUCAUUGGAUCUGAAUUCGACGUUUUCCUCCAAUUCACGCAAGGCUAUAACACCUCGCAUUCUUCGCUUCGCUCAGAAUGAGAAAUUCAACGUCUCUCGAUUGGCUCUUAGUCACUCCAGCCGUGCAGUUAAAGUUAGGACAAUAUCAAUGGCAUUAGUGCGCGACACUGUUGAACUAAAGGCGGAUGUGCCCAGCUCCUCUAGCAUUUUGGCAUAUGAUUUGGUUCAAGGGGCCCUUGUGAGGUGGAGUUCUGUUAUGGAUAGAUCUUUACCUGAUCCACCAACAGCUGUCUUUUUGCACGGGAUCCUUGGGUGCAGGAAAAACUGGGGUACUUUUGCAAAGAGAUUGGCAAGAGAGUUUCCUAUGUGGCAGUUUCUUUUGGUAGAUUUGCGAUGUCAUGGUGAUUCAACAUCAAUCAAGAAGAGAGGUCCACAUACUGUUGCAUCUGCUGCUCUUGAUGUUUUGAAACUGGUUCGGGAACUAAGAAUAACACCUCGUGUGUUAGUUGGUCAUAGUUUUGGGGGAAAAGUUGUUUUGAGCAUGGUGGACCAAGCUGCAAAACCUCUUGCUCGACCAGUCAGAGCUUGGAUUCUGGAUGCAACCCCCGGAAAAGUUCGAGCAGGUGGAGAUGGAGAGGACCACCCAGAAGAACUCAUAUCAUUAUUAAAUACACUGCCAAAGGAGGUCUCUUCAAAGAAGGAUGUUCUCAAAGCUCUUAUUCAACAAGGAUUUUCCAAUGAUGUAGCACAGUGGGUUGUGACCAACCUCCGACCUACCAGCUCUCCUAAUUCACGCCUCUCAUGGGUGUUUGACCUGAAGGGGAUAUCAGAAAUGUAUCAAUCCUAUGAAGAAACAAAUUUGUGGAAAGUUGUUGAAGAUGUACCUCGUGGUGUGCAUAUAAACUUUUUGAAAGCAGAGAGGAGCCUGCACAGAUGGGCUCUUGAAGAUCUUCAGCGAAUCCAUGUUGCGGAGGAGCUUGCUGCUGAGGAAGGAGGUGGAGUUGAAAUGCAUGUCCUUGAAGAUGCUGGCCACUGGGUACAUACUGAUAACCCAGAUGGACUCUUCAGGAUACUGUCAUCCUCUUUCCAGGGAAAUAAGGCGUGACUUUACUAAUUAUGUAUUUUCUAUUUUGUUCUUUAUAUCAAAUGUUCUUUUAUUUAUUUUCCAGUUUUUUAUUCUGUUAUCACUUCUGUAUAUACUAUUAUACUUUGCUCUAUUAAAUCUCUCCAACACAACUAGUUGGUACAUCAUGUCUUUGGUUUUGAGAAGCACACGGUUUCUUAGUUUACAGGAACACAGCCUUUAGAAUUUGUUUAA